CGCGACUGUCUGUGUUUGAUGACGUUGCAGCGCGUCCAGAUGAACGGAUUCAGUGAAGUGUCUCGCGCUGGACUGCAGUGAACUACAGUGUGUGAUCUCGUGCUGUCAUGGUGAAACAUCGCGAUGGAAUGUGCGCGUUCUUGAAGUUUGUGCGGCUUUUUCGUCUGUGAGUGAAGAUGAAGGUGAAGAUGAUGAGAGUCGCGCUGCUGCUGCUGCUGCUGGGCUUCUGCUGCGGAUUGGUGUUUGGUGAUAAGAAUCAUUCGGGUCCUCAUGAUCAGAGUGUUUUUCCAGUCAUAUCGAUUAAUUACGAUUAUGUUCAGAUGCCGUUUGAGGUCUCGCUCUGGAUUCUGCUCGCGUCACUCAUGAAACUGGGCUUCCAUCUGAUCCCGCGUCUAUCCGGCAUUGUUCCCGAGAGCUGUCUGUUGAUCGUGGUCGGGUUGCUGGUGGGCGGUUUGAUCCGUGUGUUGGGUGAGAAGCCGCCCGUUCUCGACUCGCAGCUCUUCUUCCUGUGUCUGCUGCCGCCCAUCAUCCUGGAUGCCGGCUACUUCCUGCCCAUCCGGCCCUUCUCCGAGAACGCCGGCACCAUCCUGAUGUUCGCGGUGGUCGGGACGCUAUGGAACGCCUUCUUCAUGGGCGUGGUGCUGUACGGCGUGUGCCGUCUGGAGGGCGGCCGUCUGGCCUCCGUGGACCUGCUGUCCUGCCUGCUGUUCGGAUCCAUUGUGUCAGCCGUGGAUCCGGUGGCGGUGCUCGCCGUCUUCGAGGAGAUCCACAUCAAUGAGCUGCUGCACAUCCUGGUGUUCGGAGAGUCUCUGCUGAACGACGCUGUGACCGUGGUCCUGUACCACCUGUUCGAGGAGUUUGCGCACGUGGGCGAAGUGUCGGCGGUCGAUGCGUUUCUGGGAGUUGUGUGUUUCUUUGUGGUGUCGCUGGGCGGAAUCAUGGUAGGCGGCGUGUACGGUGUGUUGGCGGCCUUCACCUCGCGCUUCACCUCGCACACGCGUGUGAUCGAGCCGCUGUUCGUCUUCCUGUACAGUUACAUGGCCUAUCUGUCCGCUGAGGUCUUCCACCUGUCCGGCAUCAUGGCACUCAUCGCGUGUGGCGUGGUCAUGCGGCCGUACGUGGAGGCCAACAUUUCCCACAAAUCCUACACCACCAUCAAAUACUUCCUGAAGAUGUGGAGCAGUGUGAGCGAGACGCUGAUCUUCAUCUUCUUGGGCGUGUCGACGGUGGCCGGGCCGCACGCCUGGAACUGGACGUUUGUCACCAUCACCAUUGUCCUCUGUCUGCUGUCCAGGGUUCUGGGUGUGAUCGGUUUAACGUACAUCAUUAAUAAGUACCGCAUGGUGAAGCUGAGUGGUAAGGAUCAGUUCAUUGUGGCGUACGGGGGCUUGAGGGGCGCGAUCGCCUUCUCACUGGCAUUCCUGCUGUCCAGUGAUGACUUUGCCAUGAAGGACAUGUUUCUGACCGCCAUCAUCACCGUCAUCUUCUUCACUGUGUUUGUGCAGGGAAUGACGAUUCGACCCCUCGUUGACCUUCUGGCCGUCAAGAAGAAGAAACAAAGUAAAACUUCAAUAAAUGAGGAGAUUCACACACAGUUUCUGGAACUUUUGCUAACUGGAAUAGAAGAUGUGUGCGGACACUAUGGACAUCAUCACUGGAGGGACAAGCUGAAUCGCUUUAAUAAGAGUUACAUCAAGCGGUGUCUGAUCGCUGGAGAGCGAUCGCAGGAACCACAGCUCAUCUCCUUCUACAAUAAGAUGGAGCUCGAACAGGCCAUGAUGCUGCUGGAGAGCAACAGUUCAGCCAGUCUGAGCACUGCAUCGACUGUACCACGGCAACGCAGCAGGAGAACGCUCAACAUCUCUAAAGAACGAGAAGAAGAAAUCAGAAAGAUCCUGCGAGCAAACCUGCAGAAGACCCAACAAAGAUUGCGCUCGUACAGUCGACACACGUUGAUGCCUGACGCUGAAGAAGAUGACUGGAGCGAGACGCGGCUCAGGAAACAGCGCGUGGAAAUGGAGCGGCGGAUGAGUCACUUUCUGACAGUUCCUGCUAAUCGCUCCGAGUCUCCUGCAGUGCGGAGAGGCCGCUUCGAGUCAGACAGCCAAGUGCACACGAUCAGACCGAGUGUCCUAGUCAGUGUUCCAGUCUCGCUCCCCGACGACCCUGAGGAGGCAGACGGAUCCGCGCAGAAACCGGACGGUCUGCAGGACAGCCGAGGACGCAAGCAGAGCGUGAAAUUUGCUCUGGAUGUGGAGGAGCAGAAACUGCCUCGAUGUUUGAGUGAUCCGGGUCCAAAUAACCUGCUGGAGGAGGAAGAGCUGUUUUAUCAGAAAGACUAAGAAUGCUUGUUUGUCUGUAUUUUAUUUGUUUUAUGCAGUGGAAAAUGAUUAAACUAUUCUUUCUAGUGA